AGCAGGCGGGCUCAUAUCGCGAGGGGCUUUGCUCAGCCUACGUGGACUGGACCAUUGCGUUCGCUUUUGUGGGGACUCCUCCUUGAGCCCUCCAGCCGCCGACGCGGUUUCAAGCAGCAGCUCGCCCGCACGGCUGAGAAAGCGGACAGCAGUCCAAACCACCGCGCGCGCGACGCCGGCGACGCGCAACCAAGCAAGCCAUGGACACCUCCUUCGCCGUCCUCGAGGGCGUCUCGACGCUGGCGUCGGGCCGCGAGGCCGCGCCGGACGUCGUCCGCUACCUCCAGUCGCCGCAGCUCGCGGACCUGGCCAAGUGUUUAGAACAGCCGCCGCCGGACGCGUCCAAGCGGCAGAAGCUCGCGGCCUCGCAACCACUGAUGCUGCGGGGCAAGGAGCAGGCGCUGCAGCCGCGCACGGCGCGGCUCGUCGCAGCGUUGUCCGACGAGCUCCAGUUGGACGAAGAACUUGCUUUGGAUUUCGUCGCGCGCGUCACGGAGCGGCAGCACCGCCGCGACCUGGCGGGCAUGACUGGAAGGGCAGAAGCCUUCGACGACGACAUCGGCGGCGCUGCGCGCCAGUUGUUCUACUUCGAGGCCGCUUGUUCCCUGAGAGCGCUGGGCGAGGUCGUACGAGGUGCGUUAGAUGACAAUCUGCCUCACAAUGCACAACACUCAUUACAACAAGCCGUCUGUGCGCUGGCCAAACAAAACCUGGCCGGCUGUCUGCUCGCCGCGGUCAAAAGACUAGCGUCGUCCAGUUGGGCCCACCCCGUCGACCGGGCAGCGAGAGCGGGCGAGUUUGCCUCGCUCGUGAGCGAGGCGCACUACUACGGCUUCUACGAGACCCAGCUCGAAGCUAAUGAGGCUAAGGAGUUGUUGGAGACGACGCGAGACGUCUCCCGAUUAUUAGAUGACGCUUGUAGACCCCAGCAGGUCGGGCAGCUCGCGCCGCACGCGUCGCGAUUGCGAGCUUGCAGAGACGUCUUGCUAUUGGGUGCUCUGGGAGCGCUCGACGCCGGCGCGAAGCUACGCGACCGCAACGGCGCGACCAGGGACGACUCUUUAUUAAGAUACGGCGCGUCCAAUGACGACGACCGUACGUCUAACAAGUUGGCGGCGAAUGCGGCGGCACUGAGGAGCGCCAUCCAACAAUGGCCCUCGACUCUCGGAAAUGAAGCGCGAGGUGCCAAAGCAUCAGCUAAUUUGGCCGCAGCUCUGUUAGCACGACCAAACCGCUGGGCCGACGCCACGUCGGAUAUCGAAGAAGCCGUACGAAGUGCUCUCCAGGACGCGUUCGAAGGAGGCGUGUGCCAGUUCCUCACGCGGACGCACGGGUUGUUGCGGGGCGAUUUACGAGAUGGUCAUAGACCACCUACUACUUACUUGGCGGCCUUUACGGAGGUUAUUGUAGCUGUUGUCGAGGCUGCUCUCGAGGUCGACGCGCUGCCGGAGCCCUCGUCCCAGUACGGCGACUCGCUGGAAGACGUGCUGGAGUUGAUCCGUGUCUUAUGUGGUAGAUACCCGCAAGUGUGUGAUCGAUUUUUUAGUUCGGAGGAUAUGGACGAGGAGGCGCCAAGUGCCGCUUUAGCGCAUCUCACGCUACGGGCCGGCGACGCCGCGCGGCACGGCGAUGCUUGUAGGGCACCGUAUCUACGAUUACUAGCGUCCAUCGCGCGCGGUUCUGAAAAAUGUGCAACUGCAGUAGCGGACUUUCUGAGAUCGGAUGAAGAGGACUCCGACCUGCGCGAUGGGUUGUUCUUGGAUGGGGCCGCGCCGCCGCCGGGCUAUGGCCUGCGCCACUUCUCGGCGUUAAUUGACAGGUACGGCGAAGUCCUUAGAGCCGCGGAGCUCGAGACGCAAUUAGCGACCACAACACCUUCUUCUAUUUACGUCGCGGCGCCGCCGCCCCAGCGGGAACCUCUGUGGUUGGGCGGUGCCGACGCCGAGGCGCUAGCUGCGGUCGCGGACGUCUUGACGGCGUGCAUGAAAACACCAGCGCAUGCGAGGCGCGUCUGCGCGGCUUGUAGCAACGAGAGCAACGCGCCCAGUCGCCUCGCUGCGUCUGCUUUACGGUUAGUCUGUAGGGACGGCGACGCCGUCGCGCCGGACCUGAAGGGUGCUCUGUUCGCGCUGAUCGCUUCAUGCGCAAGUUCAGACGACGACGCGCGCACCUCGAUCGCCCAGCUCGUCCAGAAGGCGUCGCUGACGUCUUCUUCCGGUCAAUUGAGCGCACCGCCAUCACAGUUAAGGUUACCGCGGCGCCUCGUGCCGAACGCGCCGCCCCUACCACCGACGCAGCUCUUCCCGGGCCAGGUGCAGAGGGCUCCGAAGGACCCGCUCCGGGACAACUGCCUCGCGCAACAGCUCUCGAGUGUGGCGAAGCCUGGAGUUGUCGAAAGGGACUGUCUUGCUGUUGAAACGCGCUUGAGGACCUUCUCGGGCUCCGAAGGUUAUUUAAGGCUCGUCCACACGUUGGGCGACGCCCUGGACGACUCUUCUAGACGAUCUUCAGUACGCUUUGCGGCGAGAGAUAUUCUGUUGAGAUGUGCGGCGCGGGACGACGGCCAAAUCUUAGCAUUUCGAUUCAAGGAGGAAAGGUGGCGCCUCGCGUGUCGCGCGUUGGCCGUGCUCAGGCAGGCGCUUGAGUCGUACGACCCGCUAUCGGCAAGUUGGAAGCGCGACUUCGACGCCAAGUCCACGGAGGAGGCCUCGGCGUCGUUUGAAGUGCUGUAUGACGCUUUAUCUGAUAGGGGAGGCCUCGCGGCGGCGCUCGCGUCGCUCAUAAGUGCCGCUGGAAAGGAAGGCGACGCUUUUUUACCAGAUGCAGACAUCGACACGAGGGAGUUCCUCCCCGAACCAAAACCGCAAGGGUUGAUCAAGGACGCGAACGACGACAAAAGACGUUUACUAAGGGCGGAGCUCGACGUGGCGUCAGUGGAACGCGCGCGUCGGUCGGGUCUGGGCGGUGCGGGUGUGGCCUGGUGGCGCCGACGGUGUGAAAGAGCUUCGUUGGAUCUGCUGGAGGCCGUCGCGUCCAAAGAAGCGAUCUUCAUCAAGGCCUGCCGAUCAGCUUCAGAUUCACCAGCCCAAAGGGCGUUGGUCAAGGCGGCUCGCGGUCCUCCGAGGAGAUUAGGUGACUUGUUACUAGCAUCAAGAACACCUGCUGUGCAACAACAACCUUCCACCGGCGGUUCCUUCCUGAGGAACGACUUCGGUUCGCAAUUGGACGGCUGGCACGACGACGAUUUAGUAUCAUUGCCCUUCUUCGAGGCUCCGUUAGCUUCAUUACUACCCGAACUAGCGAAGCGAGCCCAACCGGGCGACGCCCUGACGGCCGGGCCGUCCAUACGGUUGCUCGGGGCGCUGGCUGGCGCGGCGUUGGACGGGGGCCGGUUCCUAGCCGCUCUAGCCGCGGCGGAGGACAAAGGGGCGGAUGCUAGAAGCAAGUUCGCCGCGCGCGUCGCGGCCUGCACGGAUAGAACCAUGAUCGACGAGGAUGGCGUCGACACUGCUGAUGCCGACGGUUUACCUAUUCUAAAGCCGGCGGGCGACGCGGGCCAUGCAGCUUUAGACUUAUUAGUGGAGCCUCGGGCGAGGCAUCUAGCAGGGUGGCUAUUGGACGGCGGUUCACUCGAAGCUGCUGUGGACGUGGCCUUUCGGUCGGCGUCAGCCCUGGAGAAUGGCGGUGACCUGGGGACGGCCGAAAGAGCUUUAAGGCUAGUAGCGGAGCUCGCGACGUCCCAUAGAUCAUGUGUCGACUGCGUGUGCCGCGACGACGCUUUGGUUGACUUGGUCACUAUGGUACGGGAGGCCUGCUCCACUUCUACCAUUAGUGUACCAACAGCAAGAUGUUUAGCAUCAGCACUAGAGUGCCUGGCGGUCUGCACGCACACGGCCAAGCUCCCGGACGGCGUGCAAGACCAAGCUAGGGGCCGCUGCAGGAACGCCGUCGACGCGUUCUUGCGAGUAGACGUGCUCCAGGCGGUCUUCGGCGCCGCGUUCAAACUAGAAAGCGUGGCAUCGUCGGACGCCAUUCCCGAGGAAGCUCGGAAAUGUGUUGAAAAUGCGCCGCCACAACCGUCGUCCGUUCUGUACGAGAAUUACGAUCUAGUUGAUGAGACGAAACUCGACGACCCACAAGUCAAACAAUGGGCCAAGCACGCCAACCAGGCCCAGCGCGCCGUGACGGCCGCCGCUAGACUGGCUGAUGCGGCCCAGCGGUUCGCCGCGGUCUGUGCGGGCUACGCGUUCGAGAGUGCUGCGCUCGAAGCCUCGUCGACCGACCAAAACAUGGCAUUUAGAACAGACGACGACCAACAGAGUGAUGCUUUAGCGUUACUAAAUGAACCCUACGGCGACCUGGCUGGUUUAUCAAGGCCUCGACGAGCUUUAGCGGAGGUGAGAGAUGCUGCAGCUAGGGCUCUGACCGAAAAUCAAUCGUCGGACGCGCGGCCGGCCGAGGCGCUCGCGCGCUGCGCCGCCGACGCCGCCGCCAAUUUGAGAUCCCUGGACAAGUUGCAAAGGUCCGUGACCGUCGGCGGCGCUAGACAAUUAGCUUUGGCUCUAGAUCGACCGCAACGGAGCACGUCGGAAGCAUUGAGGGGCCACCUCUACGCGGCGCUAGCGCAUACGCUGGCGCGCGCUAGGCACCGCGACCCACAGACGUCCAUGGAAGCUUCAGAUGCGGUGGGCGAGCGCGCGUGGGGCCGCGUCUGCGCGGACGCGGCGACGGCCGCGACGCCGUGGGUGAGAUUGGCCGCGCGGGCGGCGCUCUGCGAGGGCGCGCCGGAGGACGGUGGACGGGGCCGCGGGGCUAGGGCGGCUCUAGCCGCCGACGCGCUGACGCACGGCGGGUUCCGGGGCUCGGGCGGCGAGGGGCCUUUGGUGGAUGCGGCCGCCUUGGAGGCGUCCUGCGCGGCGUUAUUGAAGUUGUGUCGCACGCGCGACGCGGCGGCGCGCGUCGCCGACGCUGGUUCUGUGGACGCGCUGGCGGCGGCCGGCGCCUUCGCGCCCCCGGAUAUCGACGGCGGCGGCCUGCGGUCGGGGCUGCUGGCGCUGGAGCUAGUCCGAGUUUUGCUGCGGCGGCUGCCGGCGCACCAGCGGCUACGAAGCUCGGCGCAGAAGCACUGUUGUGCUCGAGCGGCGGACGUUGGUAGGAGGUCAUUGGCGCAAGCGUUGCUCGCGGUCGAAGCCCCUCCGAGAGAUUUGGGCCACUUGCGGGGCCGCGCGGCGCUCGUUGGUGUCAUAGCGGAGCUGGCCAAGGGCGAGCCGGCGGCGAACGGCGCGUCGCCUUCAUAUGUGCCCCUCGCUGACAAGUCGUCUGACGUCGUCGCGUGCCACGCGCGCUGCUGGCGCUUGCUCGCGGCGCUGGCGUCCGAAAAUGAACCGGAGCGCGCGGGCUGGUGGCUCGCUUGUUUACCAUCGAACGCGCGCGAGCGCAAGGACGCUUUGUCGAACGUUUUCGACGACGCCAAGCGGGCAGCCCAUUCCGCUUUGUGGGUGCGCCUCGCGGACUUUGCGAAGAACGCCGCGGCCGCGGGCGCGCCGGCGGUGGACGUCGAGGUCCUCGCCGCUUCUACUAGACGCGGCGCCGACGGUAGCGGCGCGGCGGCGGCGUUCGCGCUCGAGGCGGGGCUCGUGGCGCUCAAGGACGCUUUGCGAUCGCCGACGGACGCGGCGACGGCGUCCGCGGCCCUGCGGUGCGCGCCUCUGUUACGAGACACGUUCCGCAACGUGCCUGUGCUGCGGGACGCGGACCCGGACGGCCUCCUCGCGCGGCUCGUGCGCGUCGUCGGCGACGCUUUAGAUAGGGUCGAGAAGGAGUCGAAGCAGCCGAAGGAGCAGCCUACGCUGCGGUUGAUGAGUGGUGCGGCUUCGGUGAUGGCGUGAGUAAGAGUGGCU